AUGGAGGGCAACGAGGGGUUGCCGGAAAAAACUGAGGGAAGUGGAAAUCCAAGACGGCCACGUGGGUCAUUACGGACAGUUCUGAAACACUCGGACUGGCUGGAUAUGCUGCUGAUGGCCGUGGGGACGAUUGGAUGUGUUGCUGAUGGAUUGUCCAUGUCUGUAAUAAUGCUAGUGCUCAGUCAGUUGAUGAAUGGUUAUGCCAGCGUUGAUUCUCCCCUUAACCCUGAAGACAUAAACAAGUAUGCACUGGCUUUGCUCUAUGUAGCUGUUGGCAUUGGUUCAGGAGCAUUUCUAGAGAACUCAUUGAGAAUUGCCAGGAGGCUGCUUAAUGAGCAGCUGGUUCGAGACACUGGGAUGAUAAAAACUUUGCACUGGCAAUUUACAGCCCUUCAUUUAUUCCUCAAGUCGGAGGAGGCUCCACUGGCCCUUAACUAG